ACCCCGAGCUGCCAUGAGCUUCAUCCUCCACGGCCACCAGACGGCGAGAAGAGAAGCGCGAGGUAAUAAGGAGAUUGCACGUACGGGUAGAUAGCUAGGUGGCCAGCCUGAGGAUCGACCGGACCAGAUGAUCCCCUACGCAACCCCGGCGGAGGCGGAGGCGGCGCUGGGGCGCGCCAUGACAUGGGCGGAGGCUGCGUGGUACCAGUACUCGGCGGCGAUGCCAGAUUCCUGGCUCCACUGCCACACUACAUUUAUCCUCUUCGUCAUCUACACGAUCACGCCGCUGCCCCUCGUGGUCCUCGAGCAGUUUGCUCCCUCCGUCGUGCUGCCGUACAAGCUGCAGCCCCGGGUGCGGCUGCCGCUGGCGGCCUCCCUCCGCUGCUACAUGGAAGCGGCGUGCUUCUUUCCCCUCGCCGUCGGCUUCCAGCUCGUCUCCUAUCCUGCCGCCGUCAAGCAGAUACUGAGGACUCGAAUGGGACUGCCGUUGCCGUCGGUCAGGGAGACAAUUGCGCAGCUGGUGGUAUACUCUCUCAUGGAGGACUACCUGAGCUACUGGAUCCACCGUCUUCUGCACACCCAGUGGGGCUACGAAAAGAUCCACCGCGUUCACCAUGAGUUCACGGCUCCCACGGGCUUCGCCAUGUCAUACAGCCACUGGGCUGAGAACCUCUUCCUUUCCAUACCCGCCUUGGCUGGCCCAGUCAUUGUGCCAUGCCACAUUACCACGCAGUGGCUCUGGUUCUCUAUCCGCCUAAUCGAGGGCAUCAACACGCACAGCGGCUACCACUUCCCAUUCAGCCCUUCCAAGUUGAUUCCCUUCUACGGAGGCGCCGAAUACCAUGACUAUCAUCACUACGCAGGAGGGCGCAGUCAGAGCAACUUUGCUCCUCUUUUCACCUACUGUGAUUAUAUAUACAGGACAGACAAAAAAUCGCGUCCAUCUGAUGUGUUGAGUUGGUUCAUCUUUGUGUUUUUCUUCCAAAAUGUAAGUCACUACCUACUUUCCUUUAGAGUGGUUCUUUCGAAGGAGCAACUUGGUACUCUACCUUUUCAGUGUUGUUUUUGCUCUAAGGAGUUACUAAUAAUAACUAACUUUUACGUACAACAGAUAUAUGUUACCUUGUCACGAAGGAGUUAUUACAAUAUUUUCCUAGAAGUGGCUCAGAACAAGUAUUUAGGCUACAGAUACCACAAGUUAAAGCAAGCCAAGCUGAAGAGUGUGGAAGAAAAUAACGUGGAGAAGAAAGGAGGCAGCACUGUAUUCAACACCAGGAAGGACUGAGAUAUUUUUGUGCCUAAAUAGUUUGUUAUUACUGUUAUUACCGGUCCUGUUCGGAUGAGAGAUCUACAAAUAAAUAAUCUCCAUUUACUGCAGAGGCUCUCGAUUGAUGGACGAACAAAUGUACACACUUGUAGUGUUCUGUAUUUGACAAUAAUAAGUAUUUUGUAUAAUUUCUGUAUGUAAGAGAAUUUUGCGUCAACUUAUCCAAA